CUCAGGUGCGCGCUGUCCACACAGACCGGGUCCUCGUGCCGACCGGACAGCACACACCAUCAGGACUGUGGAGCGGGUGGAGGGAAGCUGAGCUUUGGUCAAACCGUUACGGUCCGUCAGCAGUUAAAGGAUUAGAGUCAGACCGACAGAGCUCCGUUACCGGAGAGCAGCGUCGGUCUCAUUGAUUUGAAGGGGGGGUGAGUGCUGACACAUCUACGCAGUCAGCCCGCCGAGGAGCGGGCGGAGUGAUGGUCUCCGGGACGGCGGCACUUUGUUUCCACGCUCAGCACAGGGGCCGGAUCUGGACCACGUCUGGGUAACAUGUCUCUGCUGAAGCAGCGGGGGAGAGAGCUCGAGCGGUUCGACGGACUGUCGCUCAUUUACUGAAAUUACCUGAGCUCUGGGACUACUUUCUAAUCUACGUCUCAGGAGCUCUUGAGUUUAAUCCUGACAGUGAAGACGUAGACCUGGGACUGUUUCCUCUCAGGAUGAACCCCACCAUUAAAACCAGGACACUAAUGGGUCCAUAUGGAGUAGACCGAGCUGUUCAUUCCAUGGAGUUUACAGACUGUGAGAAUGGCCUGGGAAUCAAAGUGAUCGGAGGAGUGAAGGAGCUAACUGGAGAGGAGUUUGGAGUCUACGUCAAACGCAUUUUACCAGGAGGCCUUGCUUCAAGUGAUGGAAACCUGUUGCCAGGGGACCAGAUCCUGGAGGUGAACGGGGACAGUCUAGUAGGAGUCACAAGUGAAAGAGCUGUGGAUAUCCUGAGAGCAGCCUCUGCAACCAAUCACAUGCGCCUUCUCGUAGCCAGAGAUGAGGAAGCAAAGAGAGAGUUCGCUGAGCUGCUGGAGAAAUAUGGAUCCAACGGCAGCACAGGAUCAACACGCAACUCUCCCAUCCAGCAAGGUGGUCGCUACCUGGACAGCACGUCAUCCGGCUCCUCGUCUCGCUCCCAGAGUCCUCUGUUGCUGAGCCCAGCAGGAUCUCAGAACAUGUACAACAACAGUGGGCCCAUGCUGCGCUCCCUCAGUCAUCCAGGUGAAGGAGUGAUCCAGCUCCUCUCAGUGGCGCGCUCCAGCAGUUUCGGCAUCACCAUUGGAGGAGGCUCCAACAGGCCGGAUGGCCCCGCAGUCUUCAUCCAGGAGGUGCUGUCUGGAGGAGACUGUCACCGGGACGGACGUCUGAGGCCUGGAGAUCAGCUCAUUGCCAUUAACAAAGAGUCGUUGAUAGGUGUGACCCACGAGGAGGCCAAGAGCAUGCUGAACAAAGUCAAGUUCAGCCAAGACAGCACAGUGGAGAUCGCCUUCAUCCCAGGUAAAGGACUUUUUCCAAGCAGCACGUCCCUCCACAACGGAGUCCAGCGAGCUGCGGGGAACAGCUACAACUCUGGACGUUUAAAAGUCCACAUCAGAUCACCUGAGAUUUGUACAGAGGAGCCGGCUCCAGUGUCCUCCCCUUCUCCUGACAUCUGCCCACCAGAUAUUCAGAUUUCAGGUUCAUCCAGCCAGAGGUCGCCAACGGAGGCCAAACCGAAGAUAACACUGGACCCUUACAUACGCCUCAAAUCAGACAAGUUAGACUUGGCCUUGUCUUUCCUCGGGUUGGACAUCACAGAAGAGAAGAGGAAGAAGUUGAGACAGAAUCUGACCACAGACCCACAGGGCACCGUGGCCUAUGGAGACUUUGUAGAGGCGACCCGGAGUGUCUUCCAGGAGAACCUCGAGGAGCUGGGUUUAGGGUCAGAUCCCUUCAUGUUCUCCUAUCAUGAAGCAGCCAGUCUGAUGGACACAUCGGCCUUCCACUCACCUACAUAUGAAUCAGAAUGCAGCUACAGCAGUGAGGAGAUGGAGCAGUUUCAGACAGAGGUGAAGCAACUGCAGACCCAGAUGAAGCAGCUCAAGGUGAUGCUGAAGGACAUGGAGCACAGCAAGAAAAGCCUGGAGGACGAGCUGCAGAAGACGUCAGAGAAAGCGUGUUUGACUGUGGAGGAAAACACCCGUCUGAAGAGCCGCCUGCAGGCAGCUGAGGCUGAGGCGGUGCAGCGGCAGACCAGCAGCGCUGAGCAGGACUAUGAGGAGGUGAUCCAGCUGCUGGAGGCUGAGAUCAGAGACCUGAAGAACCAGCUGGCCAGCAAAAGGCAAGCACGAGUGGAAGCCACCAAGGCGGGUUUCAAACAGGAGGACGUGCUGGAGCUGAACAGGAGGCUGACGACCUUCGACUGUCAGCUGAGGAAGUCUGAGCUGAGCAGGAAACACCUGGAGAUCUCCAACAAGAAACUGCUGGGCUUCGCUCAGAACGUCCACAAAGUGCUGACCACACCGAGCCUGUUUGGAGGAGAGGGCGGGAGCAACAGGUCGUCUCCAGCCACUGACAGCCCUGACACCCCGACACCACUUCCUGAUCCUGCUUUCCAGCUGGCUGUGGAGGCCAAGGAGCUGGUAGAGGGAGUCUGCAGCGGCGCCGCUGAUGGCAAAGCAUCAGAGAGUGCGUCAGAGGCAGCGUCAGUCCCAGAUGUCAGCCCUUAUCAGAUGUGAGCAGCAAAGAGCCAGAGGGGACAGCGGGAGGCCGGGGGAGUGCUGAAGAGGCUGAACCCACCACCGACCACACCACAGUCAACAGCACAGACACGACGCCAUCCAACACAACUUCUGGAAAUAAUGACAUCGCUUCAAUAAAUCCAAUAAACCCUCAGUUCACAGCGACCCACUGAACACAACACAGCCAACGUUUUGAUGCCAAAGCUUCCUUGCACACAUCAGAGCGGUGUGGACCGUCUCUGUGGAGGGUUCAGCAGUGGGAUGUGUUGAACUCAGCCGUGACCUGGAGACGAUAAAAACCACAUGUACACAAGUCUCUGCCAAAUGAAACGUCUGCUGGAAUCCUCUGUGUUGGUCUGAGAGCAGGUGGUGUAGGAGGAGCUGCAUGACUGAGUCCUACACACACACACACACACACACACACACACACACACACACACACACACACACACACACACACACACACACACACACACACACACACACACACACACAGCUUUACACCUUGUUAAUAUUCCUCCCUGACUUCUUUUCUAACCACACAUAGAUUCACUCCGUGGAUUUGCAUGUAGAGGAGGACUUGUUUGCUUGGAGAGGACAAACCUUAGCUGGUCUGUCAUAAUAACUAUCCGCCAUCUGUCUCCUCACACACCGUCGCUCUGCCACAGAGCUAACGAGCCGUUAAUAAAAAAAAUUUAAAAAACAACAGUGUCCCUUUUCCCAUCAUGCUAUCUCUCCUCGUGCCCUUACUCAUUAUUCAAAGGCAAAGACUGAAGUUUUGAAAGAUACUGGACUGGAGCAGCUUCAUGUCACUGCAUGGUUCAUGUUGAUGAGUGGCUUUAACGUUGCUGUAGCUCCAGCCAUGUAAACUUGUGUUUGUUAGUCACAGAGUCUAGACUGACAUCCGUCAUAGGCUACAUUGAUUUUAUUUCUACAGACAGAUGCAAAUGCUUUUAAAGACUCUGACGUCCUGUAGUUCAACCAGACGACUGCAUCUUUGGUGUGGCCUCAUGUUAUUUCUGUUACUGUUUUAUAUUAAAGGAAUAACUGAUGACUGAA